GACCAUUUUUUUAGGAGAAAAUUGUCAUUUUUUAUUGAUCCGUUUGCUUGUCUGUAAUCUAAUGAUGUUUUGGUUUAGUUGGUGAUGUUUAUUGCUUUUUUAGUUAUGUGGGGUUCUCGUUUUGAUGUUUGAUUGAUAGGUAAGGAUGGCCUAAUCCUUCUCUUUUUUAACCUAACAUUAUUUUCUUUGUUCUAAGAACACUAGGGUUUUUAUUCUUACUUUUUUGGGGUUGCUAAAUUCAUGGAAGUUUUUUUUUUUCUCUGAGGAAAAGAACGCAACUUGUUUUGGAUUAAAUACUCUUACAUUUGUAAGAAAUCUGGAUAAAAAAUGUUUCCUUUUUAUAUCAUUUUGAUGUUGCUCUUUAUAAAUGCUUUUCUCCUUUUUAAGUAACAAAUCAGUGAUUCACAUUUUUCUGUUUUUGCUUCAGUAUAUAUUCAAUGAUAAGAUAUUAAUUUUGUAAAUGUAUUUUUUAUUGACUUUCCUGUGUUUGAUAUUAUCUCCCUCUUGGAAAUCAGUGUUCUAGCAUUAUCUGCUUAUGGGCAACAUUUGAUUUAAUAUGUUGGCUGAUUUGUUUCCUUGAUCUUAUUGCAUCUCCGCCUAUGUGUUUUAUCUUACAUACUGAUGAUUAUAUGUCCUCAUUUGAUGUUUUUUCCCCUCAUCUAAGGUUGAUUGGUUGUGUGAACUUGAUACCAAAUCCUUAAUAGUUAAUAUGCAUGCGUCUAAUCGCUGAGAUCUGAAAAUAUGUGUUCUUUAUUGAAUUGUUGUUUUCUCCUCUGUCAAGCUUCAAGUUAUGGGUAUUAUUUUUUUCUUUCGUUUUUUGAUACUUGACAACAUCCUUUUGCAAAGGAAAACAAGUUAUGCAGGCUUUGCAUUCAUUAUAAAAGGGCAUGCUUUAUCUAAUUAUUGAAAGUUAGUUUACUGCUGUUGUUUUGAGGGAAUUUGGUGGGAGAUCAAAUUAUUUUUUUAAUGAUUUUGUCACAUUUUAAUCUACCUUUUUUUCACCCUUUCCUCUUAAAAUUUUUUUUCCUAAUAAUCGGAGGGGUUGAUCGUAAUCAUAUCAGAGACAUAUUCAUUACACAAUGUGAUUUAAAUGCUUUUGAUUUUUCUUCUCAAUUUUGUACUACUCUUCAUGCUAUCGCAUAGAUAAAUUAUUUGCCAUGCCUUUCCCAUGUCAAUUUGUAAAUUGUAAUAUGUGUUCAGGUCAUUUGACUUGGAUUCGGACAAUGCUUAUUUUUUUUCAUAUUUCUUCAUGGUUUAUUGCGUUCUGAGGAAGUUUCUUUUUCUUCUCUUAAUCAUGGAGGGAGAGCCUUCAUGGAUCAGCCAUUGCGAUGAUGACAUGUCGAAAGACACUGGUGACUUUGAUUCAUUCUCAGAGCUUAGUGAUGAAGGUAAUAAAGAAACAACUGCAGUUUCAUUGGACUUAAUCCUACCUGAUGACUUGUUGGAACGAAUCUUGGCUUAUCUCCCCAUUGCUAGCAUUUUCAGAGCUGGUUCUGUGUGUAGAAGAUGGCAUGAGAUUGUCAGUUCCAAAAGGUUCCUAUGGAACUCUUCGCAUGACCUAUCACAAAAGCCUUGGUAUUUUAUGUUUACAAGUUCUGAUGAACCAGUUGGGUAUGCCUUUGACCCGAUCCUUCGAAAGUGGUAUGGCAUUGAACUGCCCUGCAUUCAGACUCCCAACUGGUUCAUUGCUUCUUCGUGUGGCUUGGUUUGUUUCAUGGACAAUGACAGUAGAAGCGAGUUGCAUAUCUGUAAUCCAAUCACCAAACAUUGCAAGAAGCUUGAGGAGUCCCCUGGUCUGAAAUUCUCUGAUUAUAGUGCACUGUCAAUCUCAGUGAACAGGACAUCACACAAUUAUACUAUAUCCAUUGUGAAGUCUAAACAAGUUCCUGGAAAUUUUUUCCAAUGGGACCUUUCAAUUCAUAUUUAUGACUCAGAAACAAUGAUGUGGGCAACCUCCUUGACUGAGGUUUUGACAGGAUGGAGGGGUGGAGAUGAAAGUGUGAUCUGUGAUGGGGUUUUAUACUUUCUGAUUUACUCAACUGGUGGUGGCACACCAGAAAAUCGGCAUGGCCUAGUUACAUAUAAUCUCUCUAGCCGAUCAUCCCCAUUGAUAAGGAGUUUUAUUCCAGUACCAGGCCCCCUUACCUGUGGCCGUCUGAUGAACCUAAAGGAAAAGCUAGUAAUGGUGGGAGGAAUUGGGAGGCAAGAUCGGCCUGAUAUAAUUAAGGGUAUUGGUAUCUGGGUUCUUGAUGGGAGGGCUUGGGUAGAGGUUGCUCGCAUGCCCCAUAAGUUUUUCCAAGGAUUCGGUGAGUUGGAUGAUGUUUUUGCUAGUAGUGGUACUGAUAAUCUCGUAUAUAUUCAGAGCUAUGGUGCUCCGGCUCUUCUUGUUUUUGACAUGAACCAGAAACUAUGGAAGUGGUCGCAGAAGUCUCCGGUAUCAAAGAAAUUUCCGCUUCAGCUCUUCACUGGAUUUUGCUUUGAACCAAGACUUGAAAUUGCACCUUAAUUUAUUUCUGAUUGGAUUUGAGGGUGUCAUUGGUCAAUUCAUACCAAAUUUCCACAAUUCCUUUUUUCUUUUUUUUGGCUUUUAUUUUCAGUUAAUAUGAUAUUUCUAUUCCACAAGAAAAAAAAAAAAA